ACCAUAAUAACUGUCGGGCGGGUCACCCACGCGGAAGUUUGCUGAAAUCAGGUGCGAGGACAUAACUACACCUCGUCACAGCUGACAUAUUUUGAACACAGCGAUUAAAUGAAGAGUGGCUUUUACUGUGUAGUAAGUUACAGCUGUAAUGUCGCUCACCAAAGAGUACAUCGACAAACUGACGCGUGUUUAUGAGCGAUACACCGAGUAUGUGAGGAGAAACCCAGCUGCUACAGCACAGCUGGAGAGCACCGUGCGCACGCUCUCCUACCUGAUCGCAGGGCGAUUUGCAGAUUCACAUGAAAUUUCGGAGCUAGUGUAUUCUGCCUCCAAUCUUCUAGUGCUGUUCAAUGACAGCAUUCUGCGGAAAGGACUCAGAUGUACCAUUCCUGUGUCUAUCUCUCAGCAGAGACUGCUGAACUGGCUCUCUGUGUUGGAGCAUGUGGAAGUUUUCUUGGAGAUGGGAGCCUGCAAGCUGUGGGGUGAAGUUGGCCGUUGGAUAGUGAUCGGACUUAUUCAGAUAUUUAAAGCAAUCUUUCGCAUCCUGCUUCUUCUGUGGUACAAAUCCGGCAUCCAGACGUCGCCUCCCAUAAUCCCACUUGACAGAGGUGCAGAAUUUCUAGAAGAUGACGGUAAUGGGGAACAGCAGGAUGAAACCUUUUUCGUGGGCCAGAGAACAGGACGCGUUAUUAGACCACUGAGCAGUGGCCAAGCCCUGAACCCCCGACAGUGGGGAGCACCAAGUCAGACACAGAAAAGGAGCAACUUGAGGGAGGAGCUCCAAAGUAAACCAACCCCGCUGAGCCUGCAGGAGACUAUCGCUGAGUCUUUGUACAUUGGACGACCUCUUGUACACUUAUUUUCCAUGGGACUGUGUGGAAAACAGUCUUGGAAGCCAUGGCUCAUCUCUGGAAUCCUUGAACUUUCAAGUUUUGCAGUGCUCCACGACAAAAAAUUAAAAAAUCGAUGGGAAAGGGCCGAGAUGAGAAGAAGAGCUUUUGUUUUGCUCUACUACCUACUGCGCUCGCCCUUCUAUGACCGAUACUCAGAGGAAAAGAUUCUUUUCCUGCUCAGACUUCUCGCUGAUCAUGUUCCAGGAAUAGGGCUUGUUGCACGCCCUUUGAUGGAUUACCUUCCUACCUGGCAGAAGAUUUACUUUUACAACUGGGGAUAAAUUCUGCUGGUGGCCAAGGUGUUUGCAGGUCAACAAGACCGGAAGCAUCAGGAUGUCCCUGCAGGCACAGCCACAGAGACUCUGGUGAUACGUCUCCCUCCAAAUCCGAUAAGAUGUUAAAGUUACCACUGGAGAAGCUUUGUCACAACAUUUCAGAUUUUUCUACUUUCACAGAUAUAAAAAUAAGUUAUUUUUUUAUGCCCAGCAAUUAGAAAACACACGUGACACUACAAAGCUCUAGUUUUAGAGCACAAUGAAAGAGUUUAGCCUCAAGUAUCAGAGCAGGUUUUUCUCAUUUGCUUUACAGUGAAGAGUUGUAAUUGACAUUGACAGAUCGGGCUCUGUGAACAACGCAGUCUUACUUUGCAAUUUGUUAUUGAUUGAAAGUUUUGCAGUUACGUAAAAUGUCAAAUUGUGUCAAAUCUUUGGCAGUGUUUGAAGUAGCAGCAGGGAAUAAAUUCUAUCCAUAGCACUAAAACCUGAGCAGCAGCGGCAGCUUAGAAGCACAAAACUCUGCUCCUUUGUUUAACCAUCAGGGAUCACAUUCCAGUGUACUCAUUUGUGUUUUCAUGCACACAAGCAAGUGGAAGCAGAAUAAAGCAACAAGAAUAAAGACAGCUAUUAAUUCAGCCGAAA